AUGUCUUCAUUGCCCCACACCCUGCUCUAUAUAAAUUAUCUCUGGUUGUACUCUCACAAAUUACUUACAACCAUGUCUCUCAACGACCGAGAUCUUCUCGACCAGUCGGCUAAGGCUGCAGACGUCCACCCUGGGAUCGCCAACCCCAGCAAGACUGAUGCUCUAACCUCCACCUUCGUGAAUGACCCCACGACGCCCACUGUUGGUGCUGGCGGGGGUUCCGACUUCGCGGGCGACAAACAUGCACAGCGUACCUUGAACAAAACCUCUGGGGUCAUUGAGCACCACCCAGGUAUCAUCGAAUCCACCGACAUUGAGCCUCUCCAUCACGAAACUGCCUUGAGAGAGUUCGAAGGCUCGCAGUGGAAAGUAACUCGCGAGUGGUCUGAAAUUCAAGUCGAGAUUCCACAAAAAAGUUUUGCGCGCCAAGUGGCGCUAAAAGUCUACCUCAAGGCUGGAGGUCUCUACGGAGGCAUCCAAUUUUCCUCAGGCACUUCCUAUCAACCUGCAUUCUCUAAUCCAGACCCUGCACCUCUUAAAACUACAGAAGAGCCCAAGCCCGCUGAAGUCCCAAAACCACAAGCCGAUGAACCCACUCAGUCUACCACAGAGGCAGCCACAGGACCUCCUGCUGCCGCCGGGGCCACGGGGCCAGGCAAAUCCACAGCUGCCUGGUCCGCUGCUCUUGCUUUUGCGCCAAUGCGCCGCCCACAGGCGCAGAAGGCAAAAACGGUUGCAGCUGCUACCACACCCAGACUCCCUGCGGGUGCCUCGAUACUUUCGACCUUACCCGGAUCUACACCAGCAGCAGUGGCAUUGUCGUCUACAGCGGUCGUUUUCGCCCCACCCGCAUUGGUUGAUACGAGCAACCCACCCGCUGCGCAAGAGACUCAGGCUGCCACGACACAGGGAUGGGGAAGGAAAGUCAAACCACCCUCAAUGAUCCUCGAAGAAGAUGUGAACGGGUUCCAGAACAAGCAGAGGAAGAAGCCUGGUAAAGGAAAGAGCAAAAAGAAUAAAAAUGCCCCCGUCGUCCCAAUCUGGGAUCCAUACGAACUGUACGAUCCCCUUCGUCCAAAUGAUUACAACGAAUACAAGAUCUGGCGAACCAAGGAACGCAUCGAGAGACGUGAACGGUUGCACGAUCAACGCCGGCAAGAAGACCGGAAAAGGUCUAGGAAGAGUGCCAGUUACUCUGAUUCUGAAGCUACUGGCUCUGGGGGUGAGGAAAGGCCUCGGAAGACAGGGAGAUAUGAUACUUUUGAUCACUGGUCAAGAGGCCGUCCAGAUAGUGGACGCGAGAGCGCCGAAGACUUUCCCAUACGUGAUGCUCCUCCUGUUGUGCUGGAUAAAAAUAUGACAGGCGAUGAAGCUUACCAACGACGGCUCGCCCUCUCAGCAGCCGCGCCACCGCGACUUCGAUCAUCAACGCCGCCAUCGUUCGUGAGGGAUGAAUCACCCGCACCGAACCCCGACCAUCUGGCGGCAGAGACGGGCGAAGAUGCCUACCUCCGACAUAUCGCAAUAUCAACGAUACACCGCGACCAACCUGCAGCUGCCACAAAUCCUCCUCUACAAAUCGCACGUUCGCCCUCACCGUCAGCUUUGGCAUACAAUCCAUUCGCGCCACCGUCCGUUCCACUGCCACCGCCAGGGCCACUUAGUGUCAAUGUCCCAAGUGCAUUCCAGGACAGAGCUAAGGCAGCAGCGGCCAUCGCGGCUAGACUAACCGCACUGGGUGCUUCCGCUGCCUCACAACCGACUCCGGCAGUUCCACCGCCAGUGGCUGAGGAAGAAACUAAACCUGAUCCCCAUGGUUUCGCUGCCCGCCUCAUGGCCAAAUGGGGCCACAAAGAAGGACAAGGGCUCGGUGUCGACGGUUCAGGCAUCGUCAAUGCAUUGGUUGUUGAACAAGUUGGUUCUUCCAAGGGAAAAGGCAAUAAGAGUGGUAAUGCAAGGCCUUCAGGAAAGGGUGUCGGCGUCGGCUCAAAGAUAGGCAAGAUUAUCAACAAUAACGAAGACGCAAAAGCACGGGAAGAUAGGGAGAGAUUUGGCGAACCCACUCGCGUUGUGGUAUUGACAAACAUGGUUGGCCCUGAAGACGUCGAGGAUGAAGACCUGCGGGGAGAAAUUGGCGACGAGUGCUCUAAGAAUGGAACGGUGGAAAGAGUCAUCGUUCAUGCCGUCCAUCCAACACCUGUGAACCCGGAAGACGCUGUUCGAAUUUUUGUCCUUUUUGCUGGCCCGGUUGGAGCUUGGAAGACCGUGCGCGAACUCGAUGGCAGAUACUUCGGCGGUCGAACUGUUCGGGCGCGAUACUUCCCCGAGACUGCGUUCAACCAGGCCGACUUUGAUCAUCCAUUCUGA